AUGAUCAUAGAGUCUUCUUGUAUUUCUCUCUUCGGCUGUUUCUCUCUCCUUCUCCGUUUCACUGUUAUUUUACUCUCUCUCUCUCUCUCUCGCUCUCUCAUUCUAUUAGACUUUCCGUCUCUUUACAGCUACCCUUUUUUCAUUUUCCCUCUCUUUUCCAGUCCCCAUUUCUCUUUUACUCUCUCUCAUUCUCUCUCAGAUUCUUCUUGUAUUUCUCUCUUCGGCUAUUUCUCUCUCCUUCGUUUCACUUUUAUUUCUCUCUCUCUCUCUCUCUCUCUCUCUCUCUCUCUCUCUCACUUCACCGUUUCUCUUUUACUCUCUCUCUCUCUCUCAAAUUUUUCUUGUAUUUCCCUCUUCGGCAAUUUCUCUCUCCUUCUCCGUUUCACUGUUAUUUUACACACUCUCUCUCUUUCUCUCACUGUUAGUCUUUUCUUCUCUCUACAGUUACACUUCUUCCAUUUCCCUCUCUUUCCCAGUCACCGUUUCUCUUUCACUCCCCCCUCUCUCUUUCUCUCUUCUUCUCUCUCAGAUUUUUCUUAUAUUUCUCUCUUCGGCAAUUUCUCUCUCCUUCUCUGUUUCACUGUUAUUUUACUCUCUCUCUCUCACUCUGUUAGACUUUCCUUAUCUCGACAGCUACUCUUUUUCCAUUUUCCCGCUCUUUCCCAGUCACCAUUUCUCUUUUACUCUCUCUCUCUCUCCUUCUCUCUCAGAUUCUUCUUGUAUUUCUCUCUUCGGCAAUUUCUCUCUCCUUCUCCGUUUCACUGUUAUUUUACUCUCUCUCUCUCUCUCUCUCUCUCUCUCUCCUCUCUAUUAGAUUUUUCCUUCUCUGUUAAUAACUUCACUUUUUUCCAUUUUCCCUCUCUUUCCCAGUUACGCGUCUCUUUUACUCUCUCUCUCUCUCUCUCUCUCUCUCUCUUUCUCACUCUGUUAGAUUUUCCUUCUCUGUACAACUACACUUUUUCCAUUUUCCCUCUCUUUCCCAGUUACGCGUCUCUUUUACUCUCUCUCUCUCUCUCUCUCUCUCUCACUCUGUUAGAUUUUCCUUCUCUGUACAACUACACUUUUCCAUUUUCCCUCUCUUUCCCAGUUACGCGUCUCUUUUACUCUCUCUCUCUCUCUCUCUCUCUAAGAUUCUUUUUGUAUUUCUCUCUUCGGUUAUUUCUGUCCCCUCCGGAUAAAUAUAUAUCACAUUCUGUUCACAUCUAUCUAUCUAUCUAUCUAUCUAUCUAUCUAUCUUGCUCUGUUCAUAUCUACCUAUUACAUUCUGUUCACAUCUAUCUAUCUAUCUAUCUAUCUAUCUAUCUAUCUAUCUAUCUAUCUAUGUCUGUUCACAUCUAUCUAUCUAUCUAUCUAUCUAUCUAUCUAUCUCUUCAUAUCUAUCUAUCUCUCUAUCACAUUCUCUUCACAUCUAUCUAUCACAUUCUCUUCACAUCUAUCUAUCUAUAUAUCUAUCUAUCUAUCUAUCUUGGUCUGUUCAUAUCUAUCUAUCUAUUACAUUCUGUUCACAUCUAUCUAUCUAUCUAUCUAUCUAUCUAUCUUGGUCUGUUCAUAUCUAUCUAUCUAUCACAUUCUCUUCACAUCUAUCUAUCUAUCUAUCUAUCUAUCUAUCUAUCUAUCUAUCUAUCUAUCUAUGUCUGUUCACAUCUAUCUAUCUAUCUAUCUAUCACAUUCUCUUCACAUCUAUCUAUCUAUCUAUCUUGGUCUGUUCAUAUCUAUCUAUCUAUCACAUUCUCUUCACAUCUAUCUAUCUAUCUAUCUCUCACUUUCUCUUCACAUCUAUCUAUCUAUCUAUCUAUCUAUCUAUCUAUCUAUCUAUCUAUCUAUCUAUAA